AUGGUCCUGGAUAACAAGCAGGACGACGAUUCAGACACCAACAUGAACUCCUUAGUCAGCACAGAGUCCAUGGACACCGGAGAAGAGGAUAUGUCUCAAGUGGAUGGAUGUGGGUUAAGUGGUGCAUCUGAUGAUGACGAAGAAUGUGCAUCCUCACCAGCUGGCUCAGCAUAUGAAGAUGCUGGAGAUGUCAUCAAGAGUGCUAUGAGCGAUGAAGUCACCAAGCAACUUGCAGCUGCUGGUCCCGUGGGGAUGGCUGCUGCAGCCGCUAUAGCAUCAUCAAAGAAACGUAAGCGACCACAUUCGUUUGAAACCAACCCGUCAGUAAGGAAAAGACAUCAAAAUCGUCUACUACGAAAACUUAGACAAACCAUAGAAGAAUUCGCAACUCGCGUCGGUCAGCAGGCUGUGGUACUGGUAGCGACCCCCGGCAAACCCAACACAUCGUAUCGAGUUUUCGGUGCAAAGCCGCUAGAAGAUGUGGUGCGAAAUUUGCGCUGCAUGAUCAUGGAGGAGUUAGAGAAUGCGCUUGCACAGCAGUUCGGGCUGGGCUCGGGCCCGCAGGCGCCGCCGCCGCCACAAGAUGACCCUUCGCUGUUCGAGCUGCCGCCUCUCAUCAUCGACGGCAUCCCCACGCCCGUCGAGAAAAUGACGCAGGCGCAGCUUCGCGCCUUCAUUCCGCUCAUGCUUAAAUACUCUAUGGUUCGCGGAAAGCCUGGCUGGGGUCGUGAAUCGACGCGUCCGCCUUGGUGGCCCAAGGAUCUGCCCUGGGCCAACGUACGAAUGGAUGCGCGAUCGGAGGACGAGAAACAAAAGAUGUCAUGGACACACGCGCUCCGUCAGAUAGUGAUUAACUGCUACAAGUAUCAUGGGCGAGAAGAUCUUUUACCUGCCUUCACUGAAGAUGAUGAUGAUAAGCAUACGAGAGCGUUGUCGCCAUCUUCGUCACAAUGUAUGCCUAGUGGUAGUUGCAACUCGAGUGGUUCGGGCAAGCACAGCUCACAGCAAGCAGUGCUUACUUCGCAGCAAGUCUGCAUUGAUCAAAUGACACUCGCCGAUGUCGAUAUGUCUCAGUACGCGCCAGCAGUUCUUCAAACAAUAACAAACCCAGAUGGUUCAGUCUCGUUGAUACAAGUGGACCCUAAUAGUCCAAUCAUCACAUUGCCUGAUGGAACAACUGCGCAAGUUAUUCAUAGUACAGAUGGCGGUGCCGUGGUAAGCGGAAUGAAUGUUAGUGGCUUGGACGGUGAAGGCGUCUCUGUAGACCUCAAUGAAGCUGGACUGAAUUCUGACACGCAGAUUAUCCUCACCACUGAUGAUGGACAUGGUUACCCGGUAUCCGUGUCGGGCGUUAUAACAGUGCCGGUGUCGGCCUCAGUCUAUCAAUCAAUGGUUGCUUCAAUGCAACAGCAAGAUGGCGUCUGCGUCGCACCGCUUGUUCAGGUGGAUCAGAACGGCGAAGGUCUGGAAACGAUUUCAAUGGGCGGGGGCGUGGCUCAAGUGAUGUUGCAGCAUGGUGGGGAAGGCGGUCAAGUCUUGCAAGUACUGAGUUUAAAGGACGCGACUGCGCUCACCAAGGCCAUGCAACAGCAGCAAGUAAAGACAGAGCGCGAAGCUGUGGCGGCUGACUCCUAG